AUGGCCAUCUCCAACGCCAUCCAAGCUUUCCAGCAGCGGGUCUUUGACCACGCGCUGCAGUCAACCAUCACGGGCAUUCUUUUGGUACCCCUCAUCUACGUCAUUGCAAAUGAGUUCAUCCGCUCUCAAGCGCGCAUCGCCAAGUUAGACGGACCCCGAGGCCUACCCCUGAUUGGCAACUUGUGGGAUAUUCGAGUCAACGCAGCAGAGCAAUACCGCAGAUGGGCGAAGAAGUUUGGAUCAGUAUACCAGAUUCAACUUGGCAAUGUUCCCGUCGUCGUUGUCAACUCUGCUUCCGCUGCGAGGGCCCUGUUUGGACAGAACGCUCAGGCUCUCAGCUCUCGUCCGGAAUUCUAUACUUUUCACAAGGUUCUCUCAGACACCGCCGGAACCACCAUUGGAACAUCUCCCUACAGCGACUCUCUCAAGCGCCGUCGCAAAGGUGCAGCGUCCGCUUUGAACCGUCCCUCCGUCGCCACCUUUGUCCCCCACCUCGAUGUCGAAACCAAAGACUUCAUCAAGGAGCUGUAUGAAUACGGAAAGGCCGGUCAAGCACCCGUCGACCCCAUGCCGAUGAUUCAGCGCCUGUCUCUCUCGCUUGCUCUAACCCUCAACUGGGGCGUGCGCAUGAGCAGUCAGAAGGACGGUCUCUUUAAGGAGAUCACCCACGUCGAGGAGGAAAUCAGCCGCUUCCGCUCCACCACCGGCAACCUUCAAGAUUACAUCCCCCUUCUCCGUCUCAACCCGAUCAACAUGCACUCAGCCAAGGCGCGAGAGAUGCGGAGCAGACGCGACGUCUAUUUGACCAACCUGAACAAGGGCCUCGACGAGCGCAUGGCUAACGGAACGCACAAGCCCUGCAUCCAAGCCAACGUCAUCAUGGACCAGGAUGCGAAGCUCAACAACGCGGAGCUGACCUCCAUCAGUCUCACGAUGCUCUCUGGCGGACUCGACACCGUCACGACUCAAGUUGCCUGGUUCGUGGCAAUGCUGUCUCAGAGACCUGAUAUCCAGGAGAAGGCCGUCGCAGCUAUUCGCGAGUUCUACAGCGAGAAGCAGCCCAUGUGCGACUCUGAGGAUGACCAGCAGUGCCGCUACAUCGUGGCGUUGGUCCGCGAGUCUCUGAGAUACUACACUGUUCUUCGCCUGGCUCUUCCCAGGGCCUCGGUCCGCGAUGUGCCUUACGGCGAGGUGCUCAUUCCCAAGGGAUCGGUCAUCUUCCUCAACGCCUGGGCGUGCAACAUGGACUCCGAAGUGUGGGCUGAUCCUGAAGUCUUCCGCCCCGAAAGGUGGCUGGAGCAGCCCGAUGCGCCCCUAUUCACCUACGGCGUUGGCUACCGAAUGUGCGCUGGCUCGCUUCUGGCUAACAGGGAGUUGUAUCUCGUCUACAUGAGACUGCUCAACAGCUUCAAGAUUGAAAAGUACGACGAUGUCGACCAUCACCCCAUUUCCGGAAAUGCGGACCCCACGAGUUUGGUGGCCAUGCCGCGGCCGUACAAAGCACGUUUCAUUCCUAGAGAUCUUGAGACUUUGAGCGAGGCUUUGAGGGAAUCGGAAAAGGCGUAG